AUGACCGAAAAUCUCCCGCCGUUGUUGACGGUCGCUCUCGACAAGCCUGAAAAGGCAAAGCCGCAAGAGGAUGAGGGCAUAAUCAAGUGCAUCUGCAAUUUCGCCCACGAUGAUGGAAACACAGUCUUUUGUGAGAAGUGCAACACAUGGCAACACAUUGACUGCUACUACCAUCCCCUUGGCGAGGCCGAAAAAGUCAAACAAGAAGACUUCGACCACAGUUGUGCUGACUGCAACCCUCGGGUUCUCGACAAACACCAGGCCAUGGAGCGACAACGGAAACGCCUUGGGCUUCAGCCCGACGAAGACAGUAGUGACAAGAAGCCAAAGAAAGCCCCCGCUAAAACCCAGAAGAAGAAGGUCAAGCCCAGCGAUCUCCAACUGAACGGCCACCCCAACGGCGUGGACGGCUCCAAACACGGAAGUCCACAAGACCAUCCACCAGCAAAGAAGCCCAAACUUUCGCACAAGUCAAGCCAGUCCGUCAGCUCGCAGGCACCAAAGCGAAGCCCUUCCCACAGCGUACCAAGAGCUAUCCACGGCCAUCCCCUGAGCCCUGCCACCACGCCACCCGACCUUCCCCACGACUUCGAGAUUCACCACUAUACCCAGCAAUUUCUUGAUCUAUGCGAUGGAUCCGACGUCCAGAUUGUAGACACGAACACAUAUGCGAACUUGAAGACCCAGACAAAGGUGUCUGACUGGCUCAAGCCAGGCCACGAGCAUUUCCGCAAAGACACGGGUUGUGACUUCAAAGAAGUGAUACAAACAACAGAACCGCCUCGACUCGAUCACACACUACGGGUUGAGAGCAAAGAAGUCCCGCUGACUCAAGACACCAUCUUGCACUGGCAGUACCUCACAACAACAUCCGCGAUUGACGGAGACGUCCCGAUGAUGGAACUGAACGGAAUCGUCGGUUUGCAAAAGGAUUACUGCGAAGAGCCUGAAAAUCAAUGGCCCGACCUUUGCGCGCCUCUACCUUUCGUAUUCUUUCCCCCAUCGCUUCCACUUUUCAUCGACACGAGGAAAGAGGGAUCAAAUGCUCGCUAUGUCCGCCGGUCUUGCAAGCCAAACGCAUCAAUCGACACGUACCAUCUAUCGGAUGGUUCCGUGUUCCAUUUCUGGCUUGUAAGUGAUCGACCCAUUGCUGCCAAUGAGCAGAUCACACUGCCGUGGGAGUUCAGGUUCCCCGGUACCACCCAAAAGCGGUUUGUUCGUCUGCUUGGGCUUGGCGACGAGGAGACGAAUGGACACAACACCGCCGAUAUCGACCAACCCGACUACCUCUUUAUCUCGGAUUGGAUCCGUCGCAUUCUCUCAGAAUACGGGGGCUGUGCUUGCGACCUUGGCAAUGACUGUGCCUUUGCUCGCUUCCAUCGUAAUUACCACGAAAGGGUUCAGCCACGUUCCAAUCCUCAAAAGAGAAAGCGCGCGAAGACCAAAACGCACACCAUCUCACCGACAAGCACUGGCCAGGCUACCAAUAGUCGGGCAGCCAGUGAGGGCCAUCUUGAUGAGAUGGCUGAGACCGACGUCAACUCUGCGGCAGGAUCUCGGAGCAAACCGCCCAGUCGCGACAGAACACCGGCACGGCACGGCUCCUUUGACAAUCUGGGAAUACUCACCGAACCGACGAACCGAGACAAGAGGAAAGUACAAAUCGCUGAGACUUUGUUCCAGAAGUCAGCACAGGAGCAGCAGCAACCACCCCGUAAGAAGAAAAAGGCUUCUACCGAUGCAACUGCCAACUCCACCGUCAUUUCCAACACAGGGAAAUCCAAAGGUCGGACCGGGAAUAGUGAAGCUCCUGAAAAGUCAAAUGGAGCCGACGAGCCUCGCUACGUUGAUGCGGGCACUUCAGGAAGCAAGUCAGAGUCACCAACGAGCGCUUCAUCGCACCAUUCGGCGAAGUCAAUCAAGCCGCCAAGGUUAAUAGCGCCAGGAUCACGCCAGAGCCCGUCGGAAGCACCCAGAACCUACAGCGAUGCUGCGGUGCAGACGGAGCCAGAAGUGGACCCCUGCGUGAAGCCACGGCCAAAAAGGAGGGUCAUGUCUCUCACCAUGAAGCUCAUGGCUCAGAAACGGAGGGACGUUGUUUCACAACGCCCAACCAGCGCCAUGGAUCUAGACUCACCGACGACGACAAGGAGUUCUGUUGGGUCGCCUUCGACUGUACAUAAGCAGUGCCCUCUGUCAUCGCCCACUUCUGCUGCAGAUGUUGACGCUCCUAUGCCUGAUGCGCCUCCCGCACCAGCCAAUGUUGAUAUCGCCAGCCCACCUCUCACCAACGGGCUUGGUCCCAAAGAUGUCAAGUCCCCAGAGCUGCGUGUGUCAAUGCCGCCUCCGACCGCUUUCACCAGUCCCCCGUCUGCAACGUCUGUGACAGCGGCUACAACUCCAAUUUCAACCAAUGGGUCUGUCAUGCAGUCGCCAUUCUCAAUCAACCUACCAAGUUCUUUCGCACCGCCCGUCGUGAAUGGAAACACGGCCACACCCAGCCCUAUCAAGAAGAAAAUGAGCCUAAGCGAAUACAAAAAUAAAGCCAAUAAGGCGGCUGCAUCAGCAAAGUCAGCAUCGGACACCACCCACCCACUGAAGACCGCGUCCUCGACCGCGGACCCUCUGAAAGCUGCUAACAACGGCGAUCAUGGGACAAGCGACUCGGAUAGACCGACAACUGAUGUAGGCGGGGAGGAGACGGCUGGCAGCAUAACGGCGGCUCAAGUCAAUUCCGCUUCCUAA